AUGGUAGCUAGAAAAUUCUUCGUUGGAGGAAACUUCAAAAUGAACGGUUCUCUCACUGAGAUUGAAACCAUCAUUGAACGAAUCAAUGAAGCCAAGUUUGAUGGAUCAACCGAAAUCGUCGUCGCUCCUCCCGCGCUUUACUUGCUCAAAAUUCAAGAAGAGUUGAAAGCUCCUUCUCAAGUCGCUGCUCAAAAUUCUUUCACAGAGAAAUCAGGUGCUUUCACAGGUGAAAUCUCUCCUAGUCAAUUGAAAGAUGCGAAUGUCCAUUGGGUAAUCCUCGGUCAUUCUGAAAGAAGAAGUUUAUUCGGUGAUACCGAUAAACUCGUCGCUGAUAAAGUCAAGGCCGCUAUUGAGAACGGACUAGCAGUAAUUGCAUGUGUCGGUGAAUCACUAGAACAAAGAGAGGCCGGUGAAACCCAAGAAAUCGUUGAGCGACAACUUGAAACCAUCGCCAAGGAAAUCUCCGAAUCUGAAUGGAAAGACGUUGUCAUUGCAUACGAACCCGUUUGGGCUAUCGGUACCGGUAAAGUAGCUACCAAAGAGCAAGCUCAAGAGGUUCAUGACCAAAUCCGAAAAUGGCUCGCUAAGAGAGUAACUCAAUCUGUUGCUGAUCAAACUCGAAUCAUCUACGGUGGUAGCGUCAACGGCAAGAACUGUGCUGAUCUCGCAAACGCACCUGAUAUCGAUGGUUUCCUCGUCGGUGGAGCUUCCCUCAAACCUGAAUUCAUCGACAUCUGUAACAGUCACAAGGCUUAA